AUGUCCUCUUCGAUGCCAGCAAGACGUUCUGCCCCUAGCUCCUCCUCCGCUUUGUUUCGAGCUUCUCAUGAUCAGGACUUUGACCCCUUUGGCUCCCAAGCCUCAUCUCAGCGUCGAGUCAACGCAUCCGGCUCGACACCAUCUACCUCCUCACGUCCAGUUUUGACAGAGGAGACCAACUCCCCAGUCGUCAACAUGAAGCAGUCAAGGUCGCAGUCACAGGCUCAGGCGAGCAGACGUUUGAAACGUUCGCCUUCCGAAGCUGUCGAUCUACCUUCCCCAUCACCAGCCACGCACAACUCACAGACCACUACUGGCAUCAGUAACGGCAUCAGUAACGGCAUCAGUAACGGCAUCAGUAACGGCAUCAGUAACGGCACCAGCAACGGCACCAAUCGCCACAUACGGUCCCAACCUACAAGGAACCUCAGAGACGACUCAGCUUCACCUUCCAAAAGACGCAGAGCUUCACCCAGCAAAGCUUCUGCUGUAAACGGUACACCUUCACCGCGCAAGCGAGCCCCCUCACCAGCCAGCGAGCAUUUGACCCUUCUCUCAGACGAUGACCAUGACAACAUUCUUGUUGAUCUUGCGGAAGCAGAACCAGAGACAGUCGUCCCUGCUGACACCGACGCAAGCAACCAGAUCGACGCAGAACAUAGAACGCAGCGCUCUGCAGACCGAUACCUUCCCGGUGCUAUUCGACGCAUCGCCCUCUCCAACUUUCUCACUUAUGACUCGGUUGAGUUCCUCGUGGGGCCCUAUCUCAAUCUCAUCUGUGGGCCUAAUGGUACCGGCAAGAGUAGUAUUGCAUGCGCCAUCGCACUUGGCUUAGGUGGACACCCUAGCUUGCUUGGUCGAGCUUCUCAACUGGGCUCCUUUGUCAAGCGCGGCGAAACCGAUGGUUGGAUCGAGAUCGAAUUGCAAGCAUGGCCUGGCUCAACCAACCCCAUCAUUCGCCGCAGCCUUACAACUGCAAGCAACAAGAGCGACUGGUUUCUCUCCGGGCGCAGCACCACCAAGACCGACAUCUUGGCGACCGUGGCCGAGUUCAACAUCGACGUCGGCAACUUGUGCUCUUUCCUGCCACAAGACAAGGUGCACGAGUUUGCAAAGAUGACCGAUGCCAAGCGUCUGGUCGAGACAGAGAAAGCUGUGGGAGGUGCAAAGCUCGUCCGAUGGCAUCAGAAGCUCAACGAGUACGGCAAGACCGCCGCAGAAAUCGCAAACUCACUCAAGACCAAACAGGAAGAGAAGGCUCAUCAAGAGCAGCGGAAUCAAGCGCUUCAAGUUGAUGUUCAGCGUUUCGAGGAGCGACGUCAGAUCGAAGAGCGUAUCGAGAAGCUCGACAUCAUGAUCCACAUGGCUGAUUACAAUCGCAAGAAGCAAAUGGUCACCGAGCUACAACAGGAGCGAGAGACCAAGCGUCGAGAGCUUGCCGAAGCAAUGCAACGCAGCCAGCCCGUCCGACAGAAGCGCACCGAACUCGAAGAAAAGACCAACAAGCUCAAGAUUGAACUCCAGCGUCUCGACAGUGUCUACACGAGCGACGAGAAGAAGCGUAGGAACUUGGUGCGCAAUGUCGAGGAGCUCGGAGGAGAGAUCGAGGGCAAGCUGACAGAAGUCGGAGCACUUACACGCAAGGACCAGGAUCGCGCACGUCGAGUCCAAGAGUUGAAGAAAGAGAUCGCAGAACGCACCACUCAGCUUGGCGACGAGCCAGGCAUGUCGGACACUGCCGAGAUCGAAGCCGAUAUGCGUCGCCUCAGAGAGAAAGUCAACGACUGCCAAACUAGGCGUGGCGACAUUCAGCGAAAGAUUCAGGAUGUCAACGUCGAGAGCCAAAGUAUCGACAAGGGCACCCAAGCGCAUCGUCAGCAACUUGCCCAGCUCGACAAUGUUCGUCAGCAGCGUCUCGAGAAGAUCCGAGCGGUUGAUGAGAGCGUCUACCGUGCCACCAUGUGGUUGCGCGAGAACCAACACAGAUUCCGCAAACCGGUACACGAGCCCGUCCUGCUCGAGAUCUCGCUCAAAGACCAGCGCUAUGCAGCUGCCGUCGAGUCUUCCAUCCCCUGGCUAGUACAGAAGGCUUUCGUCUGUCAGACACGAGAGGACUACGAUCUCUUUGGUAGUGAAGUCAUCGACAAGCUCAAGAUGCGUGUCACCGUAGCUGAGAACGAAAAGCUAUCGCUCGAAAAGUUCAAGCCAGAGGUUCCGCGCGACCAGCUCCAAGCUUUGGGAUUCGAAGGUUACAUCAUCGACAUGAUCGAAGGUCCUGAAGAGGUGCUCAAACACCUCUGUAAGCAGUCGCACCUGCACAAACUACCUGUGACGCUCAACCCAAACGUCGACGUGGAACGAAUCGAGCAAUCUGACCGUUUCCGAAGAUUCAUCGCCGGUGGUGAGAACUUUACCAUCAACGUGUCGCAAUACGCUCCCGAUGUGCGCCAAACUGUCUCUCGUCGUAUCGGCCCAGCUCGAAGUCUGGUCAAUUCGGUCGAUCGCGAACGUCAACAUUGCCUCACUAACCUCAUCCAAGAGCUUUCCGCCAAGAAGAAGGAGCUUGAAGCACAGACGCUCAUUCUGCUCAAGGAAGACAAAGCGAUCCAAGCCGAAUUAGCGCGGUACGAGGAGCAGCUCAACCAACUCAGAGAACAGCAUCGAGAUUGCAUGGGAGCUCAGCGUCAAUGGGAGAAGAAUCGAGCCAUGCUCGAUGCUCGAAAGCGCGAGUUGCGGGACAAGGAACGUGAGCCGUCCGCUGAAGAGAAGCGAGCUCAAUUGAUGAAAGAGAUCCGCAAGCUGGCUCAGAAGCGUAGCGAAAAGAUGCAAGAUCUAGGUGCGCAGACAGUUCAGAUGGCCAAAGUGGCGGAUCGCAAACACAUCGCUUCCCUAAGCAAGUGGCAGUGGGACGCUACAGGAGCGCAACUGGAGAACAUGUUGCGGGACUUGAAAGAAGCGGAGAAAGAGCUAGCAACGAGCUUGGAGGAGACGGCCAAUGCUCAUGCCCGGGCCAGGAAAGAAGCAUAUGAGCUCAGGGACGCAGUACAAAAGAUGAUCGAUGAAGCAGGCGACCUCAUUCAGGGUAUUGAUCCUGAGGAUGAAGAACUUCUUGACCUGGACAGGUGUCUAGCAGAGAUGCGAGCAGAAAAGUCCAAGCUCGAGCUUGCAGAAGGAGUCCGUCCUGAAGUCAUUGAUCAGUACCGCGCCCGUCAACGCGAGAUCACCAACAUGACCAGCGAAAUCAACGACUUACUCGAGCUUCAAACCCAAAUCGAAACCAAGAUCACCAACACCCGAUCCAAGUGGGAGCCGACCCUAUGUCGAGUCAUCUCGGAAGUCUCGCGACAAUUCUCCUUGGCGUUCGACCAAAUGGGCCUUGCCGGAGAGCUGCGUAUUGUUCCCGAUGAAGACUACGAGAAGUGGAAGCUGGAGAUCAUGGUCAAGUUCCGCAACUCGGAAGAACUCGCACCACUUUCGGCACAGCAUCAAUCCGGUGGUGAGAGGACAUUGAGUACGAUCAUGUACAUCAUGUCCCUCCUUCAGCUCUCUCGUUCACCUUUCACGCUGGUGGACGAGAUCAACCAAGGUAUGGACCCAACAGCGGAACGAGUGACCCACAACCACAUUGUCGGCUUGACAUGCCAGUCGCACGCAAAUCAGUACUUCUUGAUCACACCGAAGCUCUUACCGGACUUGAGGGUUCAUGAGCUGCAAAAGGUACUCUUGGUCUGCAAUGGAGCGUACGGAGAGAGCGGGUUCAGCUUCAGCAAGGUGUUAGAGAAGAAGAAGAGGCAAUUGGGAUUGAGUCAAGCAGACUUGGCCAAGGGGACGAAGAAGGUCAUGGAAGCCGUAUGGGGUGCGGAGGAGGUUGCGGAAGAGAAUUUGCGACCCACCACUCAGGGGUUGCAGGGCCGGAGCAGGAGAGCUACAAGUCAGAGCAGGAGCGGUAGACGAGCUGACUAG